AAUACCAACGGCUCGCCUGCAAAACAGAGAUCAAGUGUUCUUAUAGAUCUCCACGCCAGCGAGUGUAGCGUAAUCUCGAUCCCCCAACAGCCUAAACAUGAGCUGUAAUGCUUCCGUAAGCGGCUCUUGUGGUACUGCUGGGGUCUGCGUAGCAAAAUCGGACGCUACAGCAUGUUUAUGCCCUAUUGGUUAUGAGCUAGUGGAUGGAAUCUGCACGGCACCUGAAAAGUCUUUGCCCUAUGCCGCCGUGGCCUCUUUUUGUUGGCUGUGCUUUCUGCUUGUCCUGGGAAAGUUUCUACGACUGUAUUGUUGGAUUUUUCAGAAGCUGUAUCUCCCUGCCUCUGUUAUAGGUGGGAUAGUUGGACUUGUUAUACUGCAGCUUGCGAAUUUAGACCCUCAAGUAUCUGGGUUUAUUAAAAGGAAUUUUACGCUAGGAUGGUACAACCUAGCAGGAUUUCUUAUCAACAUCGUCUUCUCCUCACUCUUCCUCGGAACCAAGAUUCCGAAUGUCAAGGUCAUCUGGAAUCAGGCUGGGCCUCAACUCAUGUACGGCAUGCUGAUUGCCUGGGGCCAGUGGACGGUAGCUCUUGUUGUCACAGCGGCAUUGCUGAUCCCUGUGUUUGAUGUGAGCCCCCUGUUUGCGUCAGUUCUGCCUAUAGGGUUCGCAGGUGGUCAUGGGACGGCUGGAGGAUUGACACAAACUUACAAAAAGUUAGGGUUUGAGAAUGGUGGAGACUUCGGUCUGGCGUCUGCUACCCUCGGGCUUGUUUUCUCUGUCAUUUGUGGUGUGAUGUGGGUCAAUAUCGCUACCUACCGGGGCUGGGUCAAGCAAGAACGGAUCGACACCGCACAAGAUGUGAAGAUUUCUAUCAGAGGCGUCUAUGCGGUCGGCAGUCGCCCGCUUGCUGGUAUACAGACGGUUCGCGCAAGCUCGAUUGAUGUUCUCGCGCUCCACAUUGCCAUCCUCGGGAUCGCGAUGCUCUUCGGGUACGGCUGCAAACUCGCCCUAGUCUUUAUCGAGAGCACCUCGGACAAGUUGAUAGAGCUGAACUUUCUAUCUGGGAUUCCACUCUUUCCGCUGUGCAUGGCGGGGGGCAUUGUGCUGCAGUUGAUCAUUGAGCGAGUGGACACAAUCAACGAACUAGUAGACGCGUCACUCAUGGAGCGCAUCUCGUCAUCAUCCCUGGACUUCCUCAUCACCGCCGCCGUCUCCACCGUGGAUAUCCGAGCUGUAGCUGUAGAUAUUGGUCCCCUGCUGAUCCUGUGUGGUUGCGGCUUCUUGUGGAAUUUCCUGAUGCUCGGUGUAUUCGCACGCUAUCUGCUCCCCAAUCACUGGUUUGAGCGUGCGAUAGCUGAUUUCGGUAUGAACACAGGGGUUAUUGCUACAGGACUUGUGCUCUUGCGGAUGGUCGACCCGGAAUCCAAGACGCCGGUCGCUGCAGACUUCGCCUUCAAGCAGUUGCUACACUCGCCCUUCAUGGGGGGAGGGGUGUGGACUUGUCUUGCUCUGCCUCUAUUGCACGUGCUCAACAUCUGGAUCGUCUUGGCCAUCGCUGCAAGUGUGUUCUCCCUUUGGCUUCUGUCUUUCUUCUUUUACUUCCGUAAGCGCUACACGGGCAUGUGCGGAUGUAGCUUGUGCGCCAUCGAAAAACCUCGCUCGUAUUCACGCGCCAUGGCCUACUGUAACCUCCCGCCCUCCCACCGUCCAGGCGGCGGCAUGGAGGAACCAGGCAUGGACAUCGACGACAUGGAGAUGAGUGGCAAGCAGGAAGGGGCCCACGAGAACGAGGCUAAUGAGAAGCUUACCCGGAUGUGAUCAUUCGACUCGCAACGAGUCACGUGAUUACAUACUGUUGAAUUCUGUUAGUGAUUUCCGUGAAGAAUUUUAAUGCUUAAAAGUACUUAAAAGAAAUCUGCAUCAAUCCCAGCCCCCGCUAACUCGAACUGUUUUUCGUUUGCCUUGAGGUUUCAAGUUAAGGGGGUCCAAUUAUAUAUAUUUUAACCUCGAUAACUCAAACCUUUUAAGAAAUCAACAAGACCAAUAAACUGCCGUUUCUUGA